AUGGAUACACUCCAGUCGGAUUUGGCCAAAGCACCAGAGUUUCUUCUGUGGAGCUUCUUAGCGCUCAUUUUACCGUUCUCAGGCCACGAAUUCUACCAUGGCAGAGAAUCGGACGCUCGGAACUUCUAUUCCCAGUCAGCCGAACAGGCAGUUGUGAAGAUGGCCGUCGAAGGCAUACCACGAGUGGAAGUACUACAGUCGCUAUGCCUGCUAGCCCUACGGCACAUCAAAGAAGGCAAAGAAGCCCAAGCCUGCAUGACAAUCGGGAUGGCAUCCCGACUUCAAUCAUUCCGAACCCUGCAACAACUCAACAACCAAACCGAAGCCAGAGUCCUCACAGUUUCCCGCUGCCACUGGAGCAUACGCAUCCUAGAAAGCGUCUUCACACCCCAACUCUCCAUCCCAUCUCCACCUCAAAUUCCAAUAACCCCCGAAUAUCCCUACCCACCCAGCGCACCCCUCCCACCCCCACUCCCCUCCGCAUCCCCAACUCACACCGACCUCUUCGACACCACCGACCCAACCAACGACCUCGGAAUCGUCGCCUACAGCAUACAACUAACAAUCAUCUGGGGCGAAACCGCCUCCUACCUUCACAGCAUCCGCACGAACCCCAACCUCAACGAAGAAACCCCCUGGUCCCUAUCUUCCACCUACUCAAAGCUCAACCACAGACGCAACGAACACGAAACCCAACUCCCAGAAUCCCAUCUCCUCCGCAAUGUGGCCUUCACCAAACGCUCCCGCGCCGAGAUUUCCGCCCACCAAGAAUACUGGACCUCCUGGAUCUCAAUGCAGAUCUUCUGCCACGCUCUCGUCGCAGUCCAGAACCAUCCCUUCAUCCACCUCGUCAUAUUACGCGGGAACCGCGGCGUCUCCCAAUCCCGCCUCUUCCUCCAACAAACAGUCGACCACGCCUUAUUCCACUCCGAAUGGGUAUUCCGGCUCGUCCAGGCGUGGGAGAACUUCGAUUUACCCCUCCACGACCCGCUAAUUGCCCAUUUGGUAGCAGCCACUGCGUCCAUAUCGUGGAUAUUUCAAUUCGCGAGAGACAGAGGAAUUGGAGAAAAAGCACGAGGGCAUCUUGUCGUCGCAGAGAGAUUGUUGUCAAGAAUGUCUACCGUCUGGCCGCAUGUUUCUCAUAGGCUUAAGACUCUUCAUGCACUUCAGUCGUCGGCAUCCGUUGCGACGACGAACCCGUCUAUAUCGUCUGAGCACCAAGGUGCAGCAAUAACUAAAGGAACGACGAUCAGUAUCCAGCCAUCCCUGUUCUGGGAUUUACUCGAUCCUAAAAUAUGUCCGUCGGAAACGCCGGGGUCGUCGGGACCGGCAGCUCCGGGAGCUAGGAUGCGCGUUACGACGCAGUUUAUGCAUCCGCUUAGUGAGGAUGAGCCGUCGCUGGGGCAGGGAGGGAGGGAUGUGGGUAGGGUUGGUGGCGGUGGUGAGGGGUUUAUGGCGGAUGUUCACGUGCAAGAGUUGGAGCAGUUGUCGUUGGAUGAGUUGUUUGGGCAGUUGGGAGAUGAUACGUUUACUUGGGCGCUUUGA